UAUGAUUACCAGAAGAAAAAUUAUGUCCCACACCGCCCUUCAUAUUUAUUUUAGGGCGGAGCCAAGGAACGUCCCAAACACUGGUAUCCCAGAGAUCAGCUGACCGAAUCGGCUUCAGCACGAGCGUAAACGUGGGCUGUAAUUAUGUACUUGUGCGCGAUAAAAGUUUUUAUUUAUCGAGAUUUACUUGAACCUUAAUCUGUAUUGGGGUUAUUUUAAGUAAAUCGACCGAAUAACUAAGUGUAAGUGUGAAUGCGCUUUAACGCUGAGGGGAAAUCCCACCUGGUUUCGCUUUUAAAUCCUUAUUAUGGUUCAUUCACCAGCACAGAUAUUUCGAUUUGGGAUUGAAGGUAUGUGUAUAAAACUUACCGGAACUAAGCUUGAUCAAAUUUAACACGAUCGGAUUUACUCUAGCCACGGUAUCACGAUUUUACUCAUUUCAUCAUUUGAUUCAGCCCAUAGUUUACAUGUUUAUGCAAUUGACAGAUAUUUACACAAAAGGAAACGUCUUAGAAGAAGAGAAAGUUCCUCAUUGAUAGCAGUAACUGGUGAACUCAAAAACCUGAUGGCUGUUGAAUCAUGCAGCGUGGAAAUACAAAAACGCCGUGUGGAGCUGGUGGAGACCUGGAGCAAAUGCUUAAACCCCCUUCUGGAUCACCUCUUCAAAAUAGGUGCUGUGACAGAAGAGGACCUCAGUUUUAUCAAAGGCGGUGGAGUUUUAGGGGAACGGGAUUGUAUGAGGACACUGCUGGAUGUACUACAAGGACGAGGAGAGGAGCCGUGUCAAGCGUUUCUGCUCCUGUUGUCCAAUUUUGAAGCGUCUGACUUUAAAACCACAAACCUGAGCGUAAAAGAGCCUGUGAGCGAACAUCUCCAAAAACACAAGGAUAUCUUGGCCAGGCAGCACACACCGGGAAAUUAUCUUGGAACGACAGCUGGACUUCCCAAGGCAGACUGGUUCACGGACAUAACAUUUUCGAAGCACAUCGGACUCCAAGUGCCUGUGCAUUUCCAGCACGAGACGUCUGUUGUCGGGGACGCCUUUAGGGCAGGGAGGGCCGAGGCUAGAGGACAGGGGGAGACUUGUUCUUUUAAAGACAUCUAUCAGAGCCUGCUCUCUGACUCAGGGAAUGGUGUAGCUUUGCUGUCUGGGGUCGCAGGUAGUGGCAAAACCACAGUAAUUAAACGGUUAGUCCAGGAAUGGGCUAUGGAUGCAGACACGCAAAAGAUCGUCUUACCUCUGUCUUUUCGUGAACUUAGUCUCAUUACUAUUCCCCAGAGUCUCCAGGUUUUGCUGUCUGAUCAUUAUAGUCAUCUUAAACCUAUUCUGCCUGAAUUAAUGACUUCAAAACAAGGCCAGAUUCUGCUUAUUCUGGAUGGACUUGAUGAGUUCAGUUUCCCCUUGGACUUUGAACGCACCCCUAAGUGUUCAGACCCUGAGCGGGAACUGCCAGUAGGAGCCAUGAUAGUGAAUCUAAUAAAAGGGAUCCUCUUGCCAGAUAUCGCUAUUCUUCUUACUUCUCGGCCUCACGCUGUCGCGAAGGUCCCACAGCUGCUGGUCAACCGGUUUUACAAUGUGUUGGGGUUCUCCCCAGCUCAACAACAGCAAUACUUUGUGCAAAGUUGUAGCUCCAGCCAGAUUGCUGCUACCAUAUGGGGAUUUGUGUCUUUUCAUAAACCCCUUCAGCUCAUGUGUCACAUCCCUGCCUUUUGCUGGAUUGUGUCUACUGCCUUGCACAAUAGCACUUCCUGCCUCUUUUUUGACUUCUUACCACAGGGUUGUGAGUCACAAACAAGUGCAAGUAAAGAAGUAGGACAAGAGCAGUUUCAAGCCUCAUCCAAACCUAAUAGACCCAUUAACAACACUCAAGCCACUGGCUCCAGGCCGGUCACAAUCACUGAGAUUUAUUGCUGCUUUUAUAAAACUAUCCUGCUCUUUCAUGUAGGUGGUUGUGUGGAGGGAAUGCACCUCAACAGGCUCCAGGAUGCCCCCCGUGUCCUAAAAGAGACCAAAGCAAAACUUAGAUGUCUGGGAGCUCUGGCCUUUAAAGGCCUGUUGGAGAGGCGAUUUGUUUUUGACUACUCGGACCUCACCUUUUUCUCUCUAGAUGGCAGUGAGUUCUUGCGAGCCUUCAUGAUGGAAAUCCUUAAAGAGGACAGAUCUUCUCUGACAUACGAGAAGAAUUUUCAGUUUAUUCAUACCAGCAUUCAAGAGUUCCUGGCUGCACUUUAUUAUGUUCUGGAGUCAUUGUCAGGUUCAGACCCAUUCACAGGACUAAAAUCGAAUGUGGGUCUGCUUGCUCCAGCAAUGCACAUGCACCUAAUGACUGUUAUUAGUAAACUACGUCAGCCUCAAUAUCUCCUGCGUAGACGUAUUAAGAAAGCACUCAACUGGGGAGAACGGCAUCAAUCUGGACACCUGGAUCUCUUCUGCAGGUUUGUAUCUGGAUUGCUACACCCCAGAACCCGCUUCAUCCUGAAUGGGCUUUUCCGUGAUGAGCCCAGGCCUUACCUGGCCUCGUGUGUGCCCUUGCCCAAUGCUUCUCCUUCUUUUGUGCUGCAGCUGCUCUACUCUCAGCUCAAUAGCCCAAAUCUGAGUCCUGAGAGGCAUCUAAAUGUGUGCCACUGCCUGUAUGAGGCUCAGGACCCUGGGCUGCCUCAACGACUGCAGGCCUGGUUAAAGUUGCUCUCUCAAGAGGGUAUGGGUCAGUGUACCUUAGCUACCAGGGAUUGGAGUGAGCUGGCUUUCCUGCUGCAGCUGAGUCCGGACCUGCAGACGCUUAAUUUGGAUGCACAGGGGCUCAGUGCAGAGGGAUUACGCCGAUUACUGCCUGUGCUUCCCCUCUUUUCCACCCUCAGGCUUGCACAAAAUCCUCUUGGUCCAGAGGGGGCAGAAGUGUUGUCUGUAGCUCUGCAAAGCCCUGAUUGUCAUAUUGAGAGACUCUGGGUGGUAUCAACAGGUCUAGGCUGUGAGGGAGCCAGGAUCCUAGCAGAGGGACUUAAAAAGAACCACACAGUAUUUGACCUCAGAAUGGCAAUUAAUAAUAUUGGUGACAUUGGAGCUGCCUCUCUUGCAGAAGUAUUGAAGACUAAUCAUACUCUAAAAGAUAUCAGAAUGAGGGACAAUUUAAUGACCGACAAAGGUGCAGAGCACCUCAAGUCAGCCCUAAUGGAGAACACCACCUUAGAGUUCCUCUGGUUGUUUGACAACAAAUUUUCCAAGGAAGGUGUGCGCCAGCUUAAGGAAUUUUCAAAGACCAGACCUACACUUGACAUCAAGGUCUGUUACUGAUUCCCAAGUAAAGAAAUAAUCAUAUGUUAAAGACAUGUUAUGGUUAAAAAAUAUAACAGCUGAAACCCAGGAUACUCAGAAUACUAGUUUGCUCAUAUUUAGGAUUUUAUUGUGCCUGUUAUGGUCUGAAAUUUCACUGGGUUCUACAAGAUGCUGGAUCUGCUGUACAGGGAUGUUGUAUCAUGCAGAAGGGACUGCACAGUUACUGUACAUUGGACGGUGUUGCUUUCCACUUAAUCUCCAAACCUCCUGAGGUUCCACAAGGUUUGUGUGUGACUGGGACUUGCACUUCAUGUUUCUGGAAACAUUCAUUGAUGAUACAUGGUUUGGGUCACCAUGAAGAAGUUGAACUGUAGUUGUGGAGAGAUUAACUUGACCACGGAUGAUUUUUUUUUUUUUAUUCACUUACAGUAGGUGCUAUGAACUCUAAUUUGUCUCAGGAAGAACUCAAUGAAUUUGUGUUUUGUAAUGCCAAACUUGCUCUUCCAUUAAGAUGUGAAAACUGAAUUUGAAAAGUAAUCGUUUCCUCUCAUCGGGAGUCUAGCUUUGACCUAGUGGGAAUGUCAUGGCAGGUAAAAGGGUACAAAUGUCAUAUCAAACUUAACUGAACACCACCUGAUUCUAAGAAAAAUGCUGGUUUGAAUGUCCAGUGUACACGAGUGUAGUUUGAAUUUCAUGAAAGCCUUCCCUUAACUAUAGUCUUAAUUAUUUGAUCAUGAUCAUUUAUUCACACAGUGUUAAGAACACUUUAUAUCAGGAUCAUGGUGGAUCCAAAGCUUAUCCAAAGAAUGCUGUGUGAUACAUUCUGGAUUGAAUGUCAGUCCCUGUAUUAUAAUUCAUAAACUUGUGAAGUAGAAUUCACAUGAUCAUUGAAGUAACUGUAGUAAUAUUAAAUUCCAGUGUUAAAACUGCAUGCACCGCCCAGACCAUAAUACUGAAAAGUUAGUCAAAUAUUGUAAAAUAUACUUAUUUAGACUGACAGAUAACUCCUACUGUGACAAAUGUUUUUUUAAUUACUGUUACAAAAUAGACUAUUUCACAUGGAGUUUUUGUGGUUACACAUAUUGAAUGUAAAAACAAAAAAAGAAAUGCUAUAUUACACCAACAUUGAAGGAACGACUGAUUAGGAAACACUGUGCUCUUCCCUUGCCCAAUUAAGCAAGGUGGAAAGAAAUGUAAAACUAACUAUUGAGUUUCAUUAUUAAAGUUUUAAUGCAAUUACAAAUUUAUUUUUUGUAUUUUAUGAAAAUGAGCUUCUAUCUCAAUACAUAAAUAUGCAGUCUGUUGUUUGGAUUGGCAUUUUUGUGUGUCAUCCAAGUAUAAUCAUCAUUCCCAACACCAAAGCUGCCAAAUGGUUCCCAAUUUGAGUUAGGUGUACAUUUUCUUUACCACCAAAGAAGCUUGAAACACACGAUGAAUGUACAAAAGUUUGUUUUUAUUUUAUUAUUUUUUUUUUUUUUUUACAAAAUUGUACCUACUGUGUUAUUUCUUUGUGGGGGAAACACUUUUAUAAGAAUUAUUAUGACACUGUGUAUCAAAAAAUUUACAUUACAUUUGUUUGGUACUCAUUUCUCUGGGACCUAUCAUAUAUCUUUUGAUGUACCAUAUGAUGUAUACAGUGGAUGGUAUUUCGGGUCAUAGCUCAGUGUAAAAAGUUCACUUCCUUUUAAAACUUGGUGUCUUGUGAAAAAAACUAAAAUUAUAUUUGAAAUGUGUCAUCCAA